ACUCCGUCAAGGCCACUUGGCACGGUUAAUGAAUAUAAGUUUGCCCAGUUUUUGACAGAAAUUGAAUUUGUUCAUUAUGGAAAGUAACGCUGAUCUGGAAGAAGUUCAAAUUAACGUCAAUGGAACGAACCGUCCUCACGCUAAAUCGAUAGAACAGAAUUUUUCUAGUUCAAUACCGAAUCAUUCUGUUUCUUGCACAGAAGCUCCCGCUGUGUCACUUGAAACAUCAAAUGAAUCGUCUAAGUCACCUACCAUUCUGUCAAGUUCUACUGUAACUAAGAAAGAAAUUCCUCCCGAUUACGUUUUUGGGUCAAAUAUUUCAUCACGCGUUGUGAAUGCUGAUGUGUCAAAAGGUGCCUCGGUUAAUUUAUGGACAUCAACAUCUACAAGUCAUGAUUCCGCCUCGUGUGUUUUUACCACACUGGCUAAAGCAGUUACUGCUUCUCAAGCAAACUUUAAGGAUUCGAAAAAUCUGGAAGAUUCCGCAAAGGAAGUAGCUGAGGACAAGCGGAAGGAAACAUUAACGUUAGCAGAAGUCGACCUAGUUACUGGUGAAGAAGGGGAAAUUCCAAUCAUUCGACAACACUGCCGAGCUCAUAUUUUCGAUGCUAAUAAGCAGAAGUGGAAUAAUAUUGGAGCUGUUCAUUUCCAUUUAAAUGAUAUUCCCAACGACAGUGCGCAAGGAAAUACCAAUGCUUUCUGCAGGUCCCGGAUAGUAGUGCGUUUAGUGUCUACACGCAGAUUGUUGAUUAAUACUCUUAUUUGGUCUCAAAUGCCUGCCGCUAUAGUUGACUCACGAACUUUGAGGAUAGGUGCAAUUAAUGAGGAAGGACAUAUCAAAAAUUAUCUUUUUGGAUUUCCACCGGAUGAGUCGGCUUCCAAAAUAUUUGAAAUGAUAAGUUUUAGAAAGUCAAACGCUACUACUCUCCCGUAUGAAAUUUGUCAUGACAUAGCACCUGUUUCAAACAAAGAUAAGGUGACUGGUUGUAAGCGUCAGUUAGAAAUUCAAGCCAAAGCAGAUGUAGAUUGCUCACUCCAUGUACCCCCGAAAAUAGCCAAUACUAAUGUCCUUUCACCUACACCAAGUGUGGUUGUAUUUCCAAAGACUAACAUAUUUAGACCAUCGGUAUUCACUCCAGUUUGUAAAGAUUCGUCCAAUAAUUCAUCGACCCCAAAUCACUCUUGUCAUGUGGGAGAACUACAGUUUCGAAAUUCACCGUUGGAUAACGUUGUUAAACGUCUCUGUGAAAGCAGUCCAUCUGGUAGUUCUGAAUCUUCUACACUUCCAUGUAAUAACAAAGUAACUGAACCCCCGAAAUUGUCAUCGGGUGUAAAUUCUCAGAAUAUGCCUAUCAGUUCGGUUUCAAGUAAUCAAUGUGCCGAUUUCAUAUUCGGCCAUAACGUUUCGGAACGCGUCACAAAUGCUUCUUUAUCUACAGUCGUUAACCGUGAUAUCUCCGGCAAGGAUCUUCCAGUCGAGUCUUCAGAGUCAAACGACCACAGUUUAUCUCCAGAAAAAGAAGAGAGUAUAGAUGCUUCUGAGACUGGUGAGGAUUGUACUGUUCUUCCUAGUAAGCGAACAUUAGAAGAAUCUGCCGCUGCAGUAACUUCCGAGAUGCUCGAAAAGUCGACCUAUCUCUUAGCUAAUCUUCCAGAAUCUCCUAUUCUCACUGGGGAAGAAGGAGAAUACCUUACUCUGAAGGCUUACUGUCAUUUUUAUUGUUUUGAUCGUCACAAACAUGAGUGGGCCGGUCGUGGACAGGCUUACAUCCACUUGAAUGAUGUUGCAAUGAAAUCUUCAUCGUUACCUAGUCAAGUCUCCCCUUUUCCGUCUGGGCCGCCUGCACGGUCUCGUUUAGUAAUCCGCACGUGCCAAACUUUGAAACUUUUAGCCAAUGUUCCUAUCUGGUCCGGUCUGAACGUUGCUAUGGCUGAUGAACGCUCUAUUCGUCUGACUACAGUCUGUCAUCCGUCAGAAACUUUGAAUGAUUCUCAAAAUAAGCUUCUAUAAACAGGACAUAAUUACAAUGUGGAUAUGUCCUAGACCGUUGGACCACUAUCAUAACUGUAAGUUGUAAGGAACCGCUAUUAUGGAAAACAUUUUUUUGUGUGUAAUCGUACUAACGUAUUACAUCUAUUCACGUAGUUGACCAUAUUUGCUUUUCCUUUUGUCUGCAUAGCCUUCAUGUUCUAUAGAUUCAGUUGUUACAAAACCAGAAUUUUGUGCUUAUCUACUUGUUAUGCAUUCACAUAAAGAAGCUGACCGUCUUUUUCAAGCUCUUAAUUCGCGUAUAAACACUUUUACUAGUCGUUUAAACGCUAAACCUACAUAUCUUCACGAAACAAAUAGUGCAUCCAACAGUCCUGGUGAUUUUUCUUCUAUUCAUUCCCGUACACAUGGUCAUCUUGAGGAAGGUGAUGACUCUCCUAGUAUUAGUAAAGUUGAUGAGGAAAACCUACGACCAUGUAAGUUUUUCCGUGUAUGAUUUUUGAGGAUUGAAUUUGUAAACAGUGGUUCACAAGUACAUAUAUGUUGAGAAAUCUUUGUUAUCAGUUAAAGGGUGUGUGCACCUUAUACUUCAUGAAACUAGCUAUGUUAGACAUUUUUCUUUCCUCCGUUAGUUCUAGACUAUCGCUUGAUAAAAAUUGUUAACAAUUGUGUGCAAGAACAUAGAUCUAUACUUCACUAAAUGACGAUUAUAUGUCGUCUACGUUCGCCUCUAGUCAAAGUUAACUAUUUUCAACACAUGUCCACACAAUCAUGGAUAAUCAACCAUUACACGCCUACUCUAAGAGUGAACAGUCGAACAAUCUUAUUGGUAUCCAUACAUUUGACAGGUGUCCAAGUUGCAUCCGUACCUGGAGUUAUCCAGUAACCUAUAUGUAACAGCCAACGCAUAAUUCCUUAUUACAUUUAGUUUUUGUUUGGCUCCUAUUAUUUGUGAUGAUAUUACUUUUUCAAAUGAGUAGAAUCCCUUCAAUUCGAAUGACCAAGAAAAUAGAUUCCUUUUCUCCACAGGUUAUGGCAUAAGCAAAUGAUCAUAAUUACUAUAGCCAUUAUGGGAUAAGUGACUGUGUUUUGCAAAUUAUUGACAUGAAUCCUUUAAUAACAACUACUCGUUGACAAAAAUGUAGUUAUUGUAACUCACUAUCUUAGCGUUUAGAACGAUGAGUAGUGAAUUUGAAUCCCAGUAGGAAUACCUAUCCGCAUUGAACGUAACACGCCAUAAAUGACAACAUUUAGGUAUAUACUCAAUAUUCCAAUAUUAGCUAAACAGUUCAGUUCAAUAAAUCGCCAAUAAAAAUACCAGAAAUUCAACAGUCAUUAUCAUCUAUUACUAUUUACUCUCACCUAUUAUAGACAUGAAAUUAGAAAUUGACGAACCUCCGACAGAUGCGAACUCUCAAUCUAUGGGUUUCACACCACCUGACAAUUUGAAUUGAUCUGUCAAGAGAAAAUUACAAGAUUUUUGAUCACAUCCUAAUGUAUCUUAAUAACCUUUCUUCAAGUAAUCCCGUUGUGAAAAAGUGCUAUAAUCUAUAAAAUAUUACAUAUAUCGUUCAUAUGUAUACGUACAUUUAUGAAGUUUCCUCCUAUUAUAUACACAUACAUGUCUAUUUAUUAUGUUGAUACCAUACAAUCUUGAAUAUCAAGGUUUUGUUUGUUAUUUCAACUUAUUCGUCUAAUACACUCGUUAACUCUGUGUUUUAAUAUUAGAAACUAGUAAACAAAUAACCAAUCAAGUAUUUAUUUCUGUUCGUUCUUACAUUUUCUGAAUUAAUUUAUUCACUCACUAUAUUGUUGAAUGUUUCAAAGAUCUUUUUUAAAAAUAAUUGUAGCUACAACAUGAACACAGAUAUAUUUGUAAGAAAAAAGGGUAAAAACACAGCAAUUUAGCAUUUUUCUUGUUUUGUUUUACUUUAUGCCUAUUCGCUUAUUAUUCCACAAUAGAGAGUUGAAAUAUUCAUUGGUAGAGAAUAUUGAAUACUUGAUUGUUCAUGCUUUAGACUGAUUGCCUGAAUCCAUUCAACUUCUAGUUUUGUUACUCGUAUUAUGUCAUAAUAGCUCCAUUUCUCAUAUCAUACUUUGUUUCCAAGCCGAUUUUAUAUUUUUCUCAUGAAACAAAAUUUACGAACUUCUGUUUGUAUUUUGUGCAAUUGUAAUCGAUCAGAUGUUCAAAGAAGUAACAGUAGCUUAGAGUACUAGUAGUUUUUCUUUAGCUAAAUGUUAGGAAAUAACCCAUUUGCUUAUAAUUAUAUAUACUCGGAUACUCUUCCAUAUCGC